AUGAGCUUGUUACAGUUCUUCGAUGCCGAGUGGUACCGACUACAAGCGUUGCUGGAGCAGACCUUGGAACGCCGUAAUCAAGAGGCAUGGAUGAGGGCGGCGAAGCGGGAGGAGGCGGCUAGGAAGUUGCUGCCGCAAGGCCUAGCUAUCGGUGCCACUUCCACAUCAGCAACCACUAUCAUUGGGGCACCAUCAUCCUCACCAUCAUCACGAGCCGUUGCUCUUCCCUUUUAA